AUGGCAGAGUACGGGAGGAUGGACCCGUUUUCGUUCGCUGCAUCCAAAGAUGUUGAUUAUCCAGUGAGCAUUCGAAUCAUGAACCUAGAGGGAGAUAAGCCGCCGGUCAAGUAUUCUGUGCUUUUGGAACGGCCGGAUCUGCGGCACAUCGGCUCUAAUACCAGCCGACAUUCCGACCUCUACCUAACUGUUCAAGUCUGGGCUGGUUCCAAGCCAUUGACAGUACCGAUCCAAACCGCUUAUAAGCCAUUCCGAUCGGAGAGAAAGUGGAAUGAGUGGCUCGAGUUGCCCAUCACCUAUAAAUCCCUCCCGGCCAAUGCCCGACUCGCCAUCACAAUAUGGGAUCUAUCACCCACUGGUGGUAAGAAUGCCAUUGGACAUGCCAUUCCUUUUGGAGGAACGACUCUGCCCUUGUUUGACGCCGAAAAUCAAAUACAAAAGGGACGCCAGAAGUGUCUGGUGCACAGAAACAAGCAUGCGGACGGGACAGCCAACUCCACUACGCCAGCCCUGGUCACCAACAAAAGAAGGACGAGCCUGCAAAAUGGAGGUGGCCAGUUUUUUGACAAGGAUGCCGAAGAGAUGGAUAGAAUGGAGAAGCUCUUCAAGAAGCAUGAAAUGGGAGAGAUACAACGUGUUGACUGGCUUGACCAGAUGGUAUUCCGCAGCUUCGAGAAGAAGGGGCUUCAGGCGGCCAAGUCGUCCAUGAAAAUGCUUCAGCGCCUGCAAGCCCUCAAUGGUGAUGGCGAUGGCGAUGCUGAACGCUCGGAGAAUGGCCGCGGUAAUGGUAACGGUGUGGAUGACGAAAAAUCUGAUGACGCGGCCUUUCUCCUCAACAUUGAGCUACCGCGAUUCGACUUCCCCGUCGUCUUCGCCGAUCAUGAGUACGGUCCUCCACCAAUAUCAGCUCUGAAGCCACUCUCGGCAUCUCAAGCAACGCUGCCGCAUCACCAGCCCGAGGUUCAGUUUGGCCCUGGAAUCAACUCGGCAGGAAAAGGUCCCGACGGACUCUCCGCCAGACUCAUCAAGGUAUACGAUCCGGAAGUGGGACAGAGGGACAACCCCGCGGAAGCCAAACACAGAAGGCUUUUUCGAAGCUCUCACAGGCACGGAAUCCUGGACAAGGAUCUGAAACCAAACGCCAAGGUUCGGGACGAACUGAAUCUGAUAAUGUCCUACUCGCCGACCCACGCGCUAUCCCCCGAGGAGGCAGAUCUGGUCUGGAAGUUCAGAUAUCACCUGACCCGCAACAAACGGGCAUUAACCAAGUUUGUCAAAUCGGUCAACUGGAGCGACCAAAGCGAGUCCAAGCAAGCGAUCCAAGUUCUCGGCCGAUGGACCGAGAUUGACGUGGACGAUGCCCUUGAGCUUCUAGGGCCAUCAUUCGACAAUGCAGCCGUGCGCUCGUACGCCGUGGGCAGGCUGCGAAAGGCAGACGACGAGGAGCUGCUUCUGUACCUUCUCCAGCUUGUGCAGGCGCUCAAGUAUGAGCAAAUCUCGACGGAAUCGGGGCAAGAAGGCACCCAAGACUCCUCGCUGGCCCGGUUCCUGAUCCAACGAGCUGCGGCCAACUUCUUGCUGGGCAACUACUUUUACUGGUAUCUCAUGGUGGAGUGCGACGACAACAGCCCCGAGCAGGGCGUUGACAACCGAAACAUAUACCGCAAGGUUGCCUACGAGUUCAUGACGGAGCUGGUCAAGCAACCGACCGGGGCAGAGGACAGGAAAAACCUGCUGCGCCAAGCUGAGAUGGUUGCGAUACUCUCCAAGAUUGCGGGCGAGAUCAAGGCAUCAGGCGAGUCCAUCGCCAAGAAGAUUGACCGUCUCAAAAGUUUCCUGGCAGAUGCGAAAAACGAGCUGCUCACGUUUGACCCUCCCCUGGCGAUGCCGCUGGACCCGUCCGUCAAGGUUACCGGCAUUGUGCCUGACCAAGUUGCGGUGUUCAAGUCGUCGCUGAACCCCAUCAAGUGCACGUUCAAGACCACGGCCGGCGGCACCUAUCCCAUCAUCUUCAAGCUGGGCGACGAUCUGAGACAGGAUCAGCUUGUCAUACAAAUCAUCACCCUCAUGGACCAGCUGCUCCAGAAGGAGAACCUUGACCUGAAGCUAUCGCCGUACAAAAUCCUGGCAACCAGCACCACUGCAGGCGCCUCGCAGUUUGUGCAGUCGCAGAGCCUGUCGGCGAUUGUCGGGAAAUACCGAAACAACCCAGCUCUUGCCUACCUGAGGCACCACAACCCCGACGACAGGCAGCCGCACGGGGUGCGGCAGGAGACUCUCGACACGUACGUCAAAUCGUGCGCGGGCUACUGCGUGAUUACGUACAUCCUGGGCGUUGGGGACCGGCACCUGGACAACCUGCUGCUCGCUCCGGACGGGCACUUCUUCCACGCAGACUUUGGCUUCAUCCUCGGCCGGGACCCCAAGCCGUUUGCUCCGCUCAUGAAGCUGUCCAAGGAAAUGGUCGAGUGCAUGGGCGGAGUGAGCUCGGAGCAUUACAACCGCUUCAAGCAGUACUGCUUCCUGGCGUACACGGCGCUCCGCAAGUCGUCCAACCUUAUACUGAACCUGUUCAGCCUCAUGGUCCACGCCAACAUCCCCGACAUACGCCUCGAGCCGGACAAGGCGGUCAUCAAGGUCCGGGAACGGUUCCACCUGGACCUCAGCGAGGAAGAGGCCAUUGUGUAUUUCGGAAACGUGAUAGAGGGCACCCUGACGGCCUUUGCGCCCGUCGUCAUUGACAAACUUCACGAGUGGGCGCAAGCGUUGAGGACAUAG